GGCAAUUCCAUACCCAUUUUCCCUCGUUUCAACAUCUGAUACUCACCGCCUCCUCUCCAUAACUCAUUCUUACCCACUCCAUUCAUUCUCUCUCCUUAUCCAUUUCCUCAUCCCUAUAUUUACUCCCCAAUCGUACAUUCUCUUCUCAAAUUCCGCAUUUCAAGACGAUUAUACAGUAAAGAAAUGGAAGUCCGCGGAGGUUAAAACUCAUAAGGCUAUGGGCUUGUCAGGUGUUUGGGCAAUGAGUGUGGGGAAAAGCACUUCAGGAAACUUGAACUUUCAUAUAGGGUUGACGAAUCGGAGUUAUAGUGCAGUAGGUGAAAGUGGUAUGGACAUUGAAUCUGAUAACCAUAGAAAACCGUUGGCCUUUACAGCUCAAAAGAUCCGAUUCACAACAUCUUUCAUGCCUUGGUCUUGUAGAAUUCCCAUUAGUGAAGGAUUUUAUGAAUUCUGUGACUUGGGAAAGAUGCCGGGUCCUAUUUCUGUGAAGAGAUUCAAAGAAUCAGAUAUGUUCUCUGACUCUUUCCAGCUAGAUACUCCAACUGCACAAGGUGGUUCUGUCUUAGUUCCCGAAGCUGUUAUUGCUAAAACCAAAUCGUUCUUAAUUUCUGAGGUUGAUGAUGAUUAUCAUAGUCCCAUCUUGCCUGGGUUACCCGAUGAUGUUUCUAAGCACUGCCUUGCUCUUGUUCCCCGUUCUGAUGUUCCUGUCAUGGGUGCUGUCUCCAAGCGAUGGAGAUCCUUUGUCAAAAGCAAAGAGUUCAUCACUGUCCGUAAACUAGCUGGAAUGCUUGAGGAGUGGCUGUAUGUCUUGACUGUAGAUGCUGAAGGAAAAGAGAGCCACUGGGAGGUUCUUGAUUGUUUUGGACAUAAACGGCAGGAACUUGUGCCAAUGCCUGGGCCUGCUAAAACAGGCUUCGGCGUAGUUGUUCUGAAUGGAAAGCUUAUGGUCCUUGCUGGGUACUCUAUCAGUGAUGGCAAUGCUUGUGUUUCAUCAGAUGUUUACCAAUACGAUUCUUGCCUCAACAGCUGGAGGAAACUAGCUAAUAUGAAUGUGGCACGCUAUGACUUUGGUUGUGCCGAAGUUAAUGGGAUGACCUACGCAGUUGGAGGAUGUGGAAUGGAUGGAGAAUCUCUCUCAUCUGUCGAGGUAUACGACCCUGAAGCUGACAAGUGGACAAUGAUAGAAAGUCUGCGACGCCCCAGAUGGGGCUGCUUCGCCUGUGGCUUCGAGGGGAAGCUCUACAUCAUGGGUGGAAGGUCCACCUUCACAAUUGGAAACUCACGGUUCAUUGACGUGUACAGCCCCGAUAGCCACAUGUGGUCCCAGAUGAAAAAUGGGUGUGUUAUGGUCACUGCUCACGCUGUGCUCGGGAAGAAGCUGUGCUGCAUGGAAUGGAAAAAUCAGCGUAGGUUGGCAAUUUACAACCCCACGGACAAUUCAUGGAAGAUGGUACCAGUGCCAGUGACAGGAAGCUCAAGCAUUGGGUUUCGUUUUGGGAGCUUGGACGGGAAACUCUUGCUGUUCUCGGCAGAGGAGGAUCCUGGGUACCACACACUGUUAUAUGACCCGAACGCUGCACCAGGCUCCGAGUGGCGGACUUCCGAGAUAAAGCCGGUGGGGUCGUGCUUAUGCAGUGUUACGAUUGAGGCAUGAGUAGUUAUAUGCUGGAUUGAAACCUCCAUUUUCAUCUCAUUUGAUUUUACUUUUUGCUGCAAAUUGAAGUUUGUCUACUGUUUUGAUUAAUGGAAACAUAAUGAAGGGAACUUUUGUUUCA